AGACGGCACUGACGAAAUUUUUAUUAAAGAACCUUAAGUAGCCGAAGUAGAUCGAUAAGUCUGAAUCUUCUGACUCAUAAUAUCAUAAAGUGUGACCUUUUCCUUCUCUCAAUUGGGGAAUUUAAAUUUCAGAGAAUUACAAAUUCGAAGUCCUUAUUUUCAGUUCUAAUUCAAUUCUUGAUAAUCGUGAUACUUCCCUCCCUAACGUUGAAAGGCACCUUCGAUCUACCCGUAGCAAAGCCCCGCGUUGCGCUCCCACACAGCAGUAGUCCCACCAUCACAAUGCCGAUGCUUAAGGAUCCUUCCAAAAAGUACAAGAAGUUCACACCUCUAAACCUCCCAAAUCGCCAAUGGCCUUCUAAGACGAUCGACAAGGCACCGAGAUGGCUAGCAACCGACUUACGGGAUGGCAACCAAAGUCUGGUCGACCCAAUGAGUGGUGACGAAAAAUGGAGAUUCUUCAAGAUGUUAGUCGACCUUGGUUACAAGGAGAUCGAAGUGUCCUUCCCUUCUGCGUCGCAAACGGAUUUCGACUUUACGAGGCGAUUAGUCGAGACUCCUGGGGCCGUACCCGACGACGUCUGGCUGCAAGUUUUAGCACCGUGUCGAGAAGACCUCAUCCGCCGCACUGUCGACUCCCUUAAAGGCUCUAAGAAGGCCAUCUUACACAUCUACCUCGCAACGAGCGAAUGUUUCCGACGUAUCGUGUUUGGGUUUACCGAAGAAGAGAGCAUUGAGAGGGCGGUAGCAUGCGCUAAAUUUGCUCGUUCAAUUACUAAAGAUGACCCGGAACAAGCUGGUACGGAAUGGGCUUUCGAGUUCAGCCCCGAGACGUUCUCUGAUACGAGCCCCGAGUUCGUCAUCCGCAUUUGCGAAGCUGUCAAAGCCGCUUGGGAGCCCACGGUCGAAAACCCUAUCAUCUUCAAUCUUCCGGCAACUGUCGAGAUGUCGACGCCCAAUGUCUAUGCCGACCAAAUCGAGUACUUCUGUACCAACAUUAGCGAGCGAGAGAAGAUUUGUGUAUCUCUUCACCCGCAUAAUGACAGGGGAUGUGCCGUUGCUGCUGCCGAGUUGGCGCAGAUGGCGGGAGCCGACCGCGUUGAGGGAUGUCUUUUCGGAAAUGGUGAGCGGACGGGAAAUGUUGACUUAGUCACCUUAGCUUUGAAUCUCUAUACCCAAGGUAUCCACCCGAACAUCGACUUCUCCGAUCUAAACCGGGUUGUCGACACUGUGGAGAUUUGCAAUAAGAUCCCUGUCCAUCCCAGGGCACCGUACGGCGGGUCUCUCGUCGUAUGUGCCUUCAGUGGCUCUCACCAAGACGCCAUCAAGAAGGGUUUUAUGCAGCGGGAACAGGAGGGCAAGUCAUACGAGGACUACUGGCAGCUUCCGUACCUCCCUCUCGAUCCCCAGGAUAUCGGCCGCACAUACGAGGCUAUCAUUCGUGUCAACUCUCAGAGCGGCAAGGGCGGCGCCGCUUGGAUCAUCCUGCGCAAACUCCAGCUUGACCUUCCUCGAGGCCUACAAAUCGCAUUUAGCAAGGUAGUGCAAAGGAGGGCAGACCAGCUGGGUAGAGAGCUUCUAUCGGCUGAGAUCGCUGAUUUAUUUGAGCAAACAUACUUUCUCCAGGAGCACCCUCGAUUCAACAUUAUCGACUACUCCAUCUCAUUUGACCGAUCAUCAUCCCCGGUCCCACCGGCACCUGGUGCCACACAAGAAACUAAAAACCUAGCCCGUGUUUUCGAAGGUAUUGUCGCUAUUGACGGCAGGGAGUACCAGCUUCGCGGUCGUGGCAACGGUCCUAUUUCGUCCCUAGCCAAUGCCCUAAAAGGUGUAGGCAUUGAUCUAGACGUUGCCGACUAUAAGGAGCACGCCAUAGGGGGUGGUCGAGAAGUUAAAGCAGCCACAUACAUAGAAUGUACUGCUGCUGGCACGUCACAGAAAGUUUGGGGUGUUGGCAUACACGAAGAUGUGGUACAGAGCUCUCUCAUAGCCCUCCUAAGCGCUGCUAGCAACUUUAUCCUUAGCCGACCGGGAAGUCCUGUCUUGAUAAAACAGACGUCGCCGCGAAGCGUCAGUCAGGAGUUGAAGCUCGACUACAACAAUCUCAUAAAUGGAAGUGUCGAUUCCUAUGACGCCCCGUCCGAGACAGUUCAGGCCUUAGAAGCCAAGGCAAAUGGGAUGUAAGUUUUUCUGGUUGAUGACCUACGGCGUCGGGAUAUGAGAGAAUAAAAAAAAGCAUUUGAAAAAGCAUAUGGUCCAACAAUCUGGUUUUAAGUGUGUCUGCGUUGAAACGAGGCACUCGACUGAUGCUGAAGCAUGAGAAGGGGUCAGCUUCUCAUAUUUGCAUUUAUGUAAUAGCAUAGGUACAUAGAUGGGGAUGAAUGAAGUGAAGAGCGUUGAUUUAAAGUCAAGUACUCAUGCGUGAGAUUAGCAACGAUGAUGGUGGACUUCUGCGGCUGAUUAUCCCCCACUUCCCCCUUUUUUUAAGGAUUGUGUGGGAAUUGUCAAUCAACAUUAGGUACAGUAAGGGCUCAAGCGUGUACAUGGUCAGCAAGGGACGAACUUCCCGAACCCUUGACUGGGCACUGGGACGAAUGCGGGGAAGAGCUGCGGGAAGAACUGACAAUCCGCAUUCCGAUUUCGC